AUGUCCGAGUCCACCAUUGAUCGUCCUGUCCUUUAUUCCUACUUCCGAUCUUCAUGCUCCUGGCGUGUGAGAAUUGCACUCAAUCUCAAGAAAAUUGAUUAUGAGAUUCGUCCCAUCAAUCUUGUCAAAGGAGAACAGAAAUCCAGUGAGUACCUCAAGAUCUCGCCAUUCGGUUAUGUUCCUGCUUAUGUUGACAUCAAGACUGGGGAGACUUUGAUUGAAUCCAUCAGCAUCCUUGAAUACCUUGAUGAGGUUUAUCCUGAAACUCCCUUACUUCCAUCUGACCCGUUGGAACGUGCACAGGUACGCGCCUUGGUUCAAACAGUUGCAAUGGGUAUCCAGCCUGUCACCAACCUACGUAUCCUCCAAUACGUAGGUGAUGAGAAAAAGGCUGAAUGGGCCAAGCACUUUUUGACUGAAGGAUUCAAAGCGCUGGAAGCCAUGCUCGAAAAGACCGCUAAAGAAUUCGCCUUUGGAGACUCUAUUACAAUGGCUGACGUGGUGAUCGUUCCCCAGGUUUACAAUGGUUUUAGAUUUGGGGUAGACAUGAGUGCAUUCCCCAUUAUCUCACGUCUCAAUAGCAAGUUGAAUGAGCUACCAGAGUUCCGUCGUGCUCAUCCUUCAGAACAGAUUGAUCGCCCCGAGCAGUGA